GCACGGCGACGCUCGUACAGGCGAGUAGUUAGUGGUGCGUGUUCUCGCAUAUUGCUUCACGAAACGCGAUCGGCGAUGAGCAAACGAAAGACGGCAGGCGCGAAUUUCUCACGGGCAAUUAGAGAGAUCGCGGCAUUUCUGCGGCCAAACGGAUUCGGAGGUGUAUACUUACCGCGGCAUUAUUCGUCCGACGUGAAAAUCGAAUGGCCGCGAGACGGGAAUUGUAUAGAUUAUCGUUUCAUCACGACAAGCAAAUUGCUUGCCUAUAGCUAAGCACUGUUUCGGAUAUGUCGCGUCGUGCUCUUUUCUCUCGUCAAACGAUGAAACUUUGUCCUUCAUUACACUCUCAGAUCGGUAGUAUAAGCGAAGUGAGCGCGAAUCGAAUGGCUCGAGUAGAGAAAAGCCGCGCCACAUCAGAGAUGCCUGGGAAUAAUUGCCCGAAAAUUCAGGGAAAUAAUUUCUUUUUCGCGUAAAUUUGUUUCGCAAUGCGUGAAUAUUUUUGACGACGAAUUAGCUAAAGCUGUAGGCAAUACUUCUUUUUUUUCCGCGGCGUACACCUCGAUCGUCCCACGUUUUGUUUUCAUUUGCGCUACGAGACUCGAGCGAGCGAUUACGUGAUGUGUCUCCGCGCUAUUAUUUCUCAAAACGCGAUUAUUCCGCGCGAACAAUUAACUGUUAUUGGACCGCGCGUUUAACAAACUCGUGAUAGUCACGGUCCGUAAGUGCGCGACGAGGUGAUUUUAUCGAAAACAGAUAUAUCUAGCGUGAUUUAGUCACUCAAGCUCAGGGAAUCCGCGUGACAAACGAACGGAAAUAAUAAAGCAUUGUUUUAUUACGGAUAAUAUCCGGGUUGUAAUGCGCGGUGCAACACAAACAAAUUGUAUAAUCCAAAUAACGAAAGGCCGUGUAUAUGAUACGUCGAUCGUUCAGUAAUAACGUUUCGUAUAUACCUAGUGCGCGAGAUAGCGCGUCGCCGUAUAAUUAAUAGUCGAGAGUGACAAAGUGUCGCGCGAUUCGUAAUUAACCGCGUUUUCGCAAGUGUUAUGUUGAGUGAGUGCAACGAAGGAAUGUGGAGAGAGGGAGAGGAGGCAUCAGGCGACGGCGAAGCAACCGCGGAAGACGUAUCGUGAACCUCGCCGGCGGGCAGGAGGAGCGCGCAGUGGCGGAAGGAAAGGAGAUGACACGCGGGGUCGCACGAGAGAACGAAGCCGCGAUCUUUCCGCGCGCGCGCAAAUAACGAUCGAGGAGAGCUAUACGGCCUUGGGGGGCACGGCGAAUGACAGCUUCUGACCGAUCGACAGUCGCUUAUACGUAUAUUAGCGGCCGCUUAGCGCCGACGACGGUCCAUUCGAGUUUCGCAAUCUCUCUCUUUCGAUCGCCAAUCGCGAUCUCAAGAGUUCGGUUCUCUUUCACGCCGGCCGGAGUAUAGGAAGAAGUCGAGAGAUCCGCCCCCGAGAUCUCGUUAGUAUCUCGUUCCCUCGAACGAAAUACGAGGCGCGACGAAAGUGGCAGCACAAUGUAGCGCGGUGACCUCGGCCGAGAGGUUGCGGACUUUCUUCAACGCGCGAAGCAAAACUGCGAGAAAAAAUUCGACGAGUGAUUACCCGCGAGUGAGAAACAAACGCGCGACCAUGAAGACGAUGGGCGACGUGGUCGCGGAUCCCAUCGACGAGACCGACGGCACGGUGCAGCCCUCCAGCGCGGGCAAGGAGUUCGGCCAGAGGACACUGAGGUCUUUGAAGAGAGGACUGGGCCGGCUCUGGAGGAGGCACAGAGGCAACGCGUCGAUUACCGAAUACGAUCCCUCCUACAAAGUCGCGUAUCUCGGAAAUGUGCUGACCGGAUGGGCCAAGGGCGAAGGCUGCGUCGAGAAGCCCGUGUCGACCCUAUGGCGGAACUACGUAGGCAGCAACAGGCCGGACGUCACCAUGAGGCUGACGGUGACCAACGGUGGCCUGACCGCGACCACCAAGGACCACGGCCUAACCGAGUACUGGGCCCACCGUGUGACUUACUGCACGGCCCCGGCCACUCACCCGCGACUCUUUGUCUGGGUGUACCGGCACGAGGGCCGCAGACUGAGGCCCGAAUUGAGGUGUCACGCGGCCCUGUGCAGCAAGGAGUCUACCGCAAGACGGCUCGCCUCGAUCUUGAAUGCCAGGCUGCAGCAGGCGCUCAUGGAAUUCCGCCGGGACAAGGUCUCCAGGCAAAACGCCAGGUUGUCUCUGGCGAACGCGUUGUACGACAAUCCGUCGUUACCGCGUAGGAAGCUGCUUCUGAGCACCGGCGGCCAGAACUAUCGGCCGCCCUUGGAGAGGUCGAAGAGCGCGCCUAAGCUGUCGGCGAUCGAGGAGGAUACGGUGGCCGAGGAGAUGGAGCAGCAGAGGCUGCUGGAGGAGCUGCAUUCCUUCGAGAACGUGGCGCGUAGCUGGGAGGACCAGGAUGGCUGGAGGAUAGCCAGACUGCUCGACGCCCUCAAUCGCGAGUCCGACGAGAACGGUAGCAUCUCCAGCGGAUGCGAAACCGCCAGCACGGCGACCAGCGAGGAGAGAGCCACCGGCCCUGAAGAGCAUCUCGCGCAGAAUCAAAGCGAUCAGCGCGGGUCGAUCAAGAGGAUUAUCUUUUCGGAGGAUCGAAUCGGCAGAGGGUCAGGACCGCGAAGGAACUCGGAAGGUUCGCCGCACUUCAUGACGUGCGCCGGCAGUCCCCGUUUCAAUUCCGUCAAUCCCAUGAAGAGGUUCCCCUUGAGGAGCGAGGAGGAAGAAUCGAUGGAGGAGGAAGAAGAGGAGAUGGAGGACACCGCCUCGAACAUGUUCGAUUUCGAGGACGUCGAGGAUCUCGACGACGUGGUGGAUUAUCGGCCGAGGGGAGAGGUGAUGAACAGGAUCGAGGAUCCGCAGAAGAGGGAGAGGCGAGCGAACGAGAAGUAUCCUGGCAGGAUAGGCCACGAUUUUCUGCAGAAUGAGGAGACCUCGUUCCUGACUCUGGACUCCCUCGACGAGGAGGCCGACAGCGAUGAGAGCGGUUACGUGGAGGCGCCACCAAAGUCUUUACUAGGUCAAGACGACAAGAAAGAAGAGGACGAGAACGAGCAUCCGCGAUUGGAGCCUUUUGCGAGUAAAAGAGAGGACAAAUCGGAGUCGACGUGUAGAACCGACUGCAGCGAGAGUCAGAGAACGAAGCACGAGGAUUCUACGUUAGAUAAGCAAGAGGAGAGACAAACGGAGAAGAAAGAUCCCUUAUUGGUGGUCAGCGAUAAUCAAAGAAUCAAGGAGAGGGAAAGGGAGAGAGUGGACUUCAAGUAUCCUAUCUCGGAGACUAUCAGAAAGUUGGCUAGCGCGUCACUCAGGAAUUCCAAAUCUUUCGAGAUGACGAGCAACAAUUGCUUGAGCGUUCUAAAUAAUUUUAAAACCUCCAAGUCAUUCGACAGCGUGAAGAAUGACGAGAUUGCCGUGGAUUCGCCAAGUCUUCACCAAAGGAAGCAAUUGUUGGCACAGCGCGGUGUCAUGGUUUGAAAUGUCCCUUUCGAGUUGAAUAUUUUUCCGAUUCUAUAUUGCAAAUCGAACGGAAAUCGAUGAAUAAAUAUUUAUCUGUCAAUUUAUCAUGAACCAUCGCAAAAAUAGAAUUAUGUUUUGUAAAAAUCGAGUAUACAACUAAUAGCGGCUGCACCGAUUGCACAUUUCGGGUGUUGUAUGUUCGGCUGGUCGAAUGAUGCAGUCCCUCGCCAGUGCCGCGUGUUCGUUUGGAUUCGAUAUGCCGCACAGGUGCAUAUUGAAUGUACACAAAGUGGCUUUCACAAAUUAGUCGGGGCCAGUGUAGUUGGUGUAAUUGCACUAUACCCAUUUGCACCAACUCUACAUUGUGCACUGGUGGCACACUGGUGCAGAUUGGUGCGGACCAGCUGAAAUCGAGCAAGAGCGUAUAAAUUAGCAUGCAAUAGAUUUAUUAAAUUGUAUAAAUUAUUUUGUUUUCGUCAAAAUAUUUGGAAUCGUUUUCCUCAUUGUUGGUCAUAGACGUGUUCAUAGAUAAAUCGAUUCGAUGACAAAUGCAUUUGAGUUCUGCCAAAGUCAGUAGAAAAAUCUGUUUGAAUAAUGCAGCAGUAAUUAAGAUAUUGUUCAAAUAAUUUGCUAGACUUUGAAAAAUCCCGCUUAAAUCUUUGAAUGCAAGUCAAAAUCACUAUCGCCAAGUUAUAACGAACACUCAGUAUCGGGAUUCGACUUAAGCGCAACACUCUAAAUGAUGUGGUCUCUCUAGCUGGUUGAUUUCUUGCGUCUGAGGAAAAAAAAUACACUAAAACCGACGAUACAUUAAAACUGACUAAAAGCCAUUCAACUAAAUUAAAUUUGAUACACAAAAUAAACUAAAUCGGGUAGUGGAAAAAUCAUUAUUAUGUCACUAAUAAUUUUCAGAUAAGCUAUGAUCACAACAUUAUUGGUUUAUUCUUUAACAACAUGACUAGAAGGAUGUUAUUUAUUUUUUUAAUUGUUUUAUUGUAAAACUGUCUGGUUCUUGACGUUAGAACUACAGGUUGACAAGAAAAAUAUACUAUUUAUGUAUAUGGCAUAUAUGUACAAGGCGGAUGUAAAAAUCUUGGAGUUAUCUUUGAUAUCCAUGUUCGCGUAUUGUAAAUGUAAUCGGAAAUUAGAAGCAUCCUGUUUGAUAGAACAGCCUCUAUCAAAUAAUGCAUGCAUUCGGUAGAAUUGGAAUAAAAUCAACUCGUAGAAACAUAGUCUUGUCCAAUUGCAAAUGAGCUGGCUAAUUUAGCAAUAUGACUUUUCGUGUUGUUGAUAUUAGGCUUCCGUAAGCAACAUUUGAACGUGGAAGUCUGUAUUCGAAUAUUAAUCAUAAAGGGACCAUUGAUCGAACUAUUUAAGCUGUCGACAGUGCACUGUGUCUUGUUGAUUAUCAUGUUAAUAUUGUUCGAUAGACGAAUUAUUAGUAAACGAAGUUAAGUUUGGAAUCUUGUGGAAUAGGAGAUGUCAUAAAUCGAAGGCGGUAUAAUUAAGCAAGAUUUAAGUGACCAUCACGCUUGUAAAUACGACUUUUCGCGAAGUGGAAAAAUCGACAAAACAUCGUUGCUCGUAAUUAUUACUACGAGUGAGAACGCAAAUAGAAAAUAGACACUGGUAGAAUACGGCGAUUGCGUUCACUCACUCGCGCAACAUUCCAACGCAAAUCAUCCUGCGAACGAUCGAUAAUUAUUCUGGUGCGAAUACCAUAUGUAUAUCCAUCGCUAUUCGGGACAUUCAACAAUACGUUUGUCCGAUUAUUAGUCCUGAGAGAGGUUCAGCGCUUUAAUGUGACAUUAAGUUUUUAUUUAAAUGAAUAUAAACGCGACGUAUCCAUCAUCACACGCAUGCUCCAUUAUAUACAAAAAAUAAAAAAAACUCGCGAUAAUUUGUUAAAUCAGGAACAAACGUCAUAUUUCUUUUUUUUUCUAUCGAUCGAUGACCGUAAGAAAAAAAAAACUGUUUAGUGCGUAGUUACAAAUGUACUUCGCGCGACAAUAAUAUAUAUGCACAUUAAUUUGUCGGUCUGUAUAUUAUUAUGACAGAAAUCAAACAUUCCGUUGCAAGCCGAUCUGCAGCAGUAGUACACGUUAUUAUCGGUAACGACGACGCUUACUCGCGUAACAAUAAAAUAGCUCAGUGUCAUCAGAUGAGAUCGUCAAAGACCAAUAUUCCGAAUCCGAGCAUGCCCGUCGAGGGUUUCGAGCCGUCGACGCGAAACCCGAGAAAUAUUUUGUGCCAGAUUACGGCCAGAGUCUCUAUCACGAUGAUCGUUGUGUACGAAGAAGAGGAGGUAUCAAUAAAAUAAAAGGAAAACUCGAAA